AUUAUUAUUAUAUAUAUUUUUUUGUGUUUUCAGCUAAAGACCUAUAAUAUAUAUUGGCAUUGACUGUCUAAAUGCCUUCAUUUACAUAAAAGCAAGGGGAAAAAAAAAAAAAAAAAAUCAUCCUGCAAAAUCAUAGACCAGUAAAGUCAUUAUAUUUCACCAUAUUAUGUAAAUCGAUUUUAUUCUCCUUUUGUCUGUUAAUUUACGAUGUGGAAUUAGAUACUGCAGAAAGAACCAAGAUUCCUUCCGCUUGCCUUCAUUCUAGGUCCAUCUAGUGAAUGAUGUUUUGUUAUUUAUCUUGGCCACAACGGGACCAUCCAGUGAAUGACUGGUACAUGGAAAAUUACUGGACUCUUUACAGCUUGUAUGCAUCCACUUUACUUUCCUAACUUGUGAAUUUGGGUUUUGAUGUUGGGUUUUCAUUUUUUGUGCGUAGCUCUUAUUAUCAUAUCGAGCAAUAUAGAGGCUUUUGGGUUUUAGAAUAGGGUUUUACUUUCUACCCUGGAGUUCAGACAGAGUCCAUUCGUUCGCACAGUUUGUGGGAGCUGGGUGUGAAGGUUUCGAAGCUACAUUCUGGUGUUUGAGUUGUAAAAUUGAUAGAGUCAAAUAAACCCUUUUGUUGUCUGUAAUUGAUUUUUUGACUACGAGAUGUUUGAAGGAAGCAUGCUUAUGCCUUUCCACGCUUCGAAUUAUCCACCCCACAAAUUAGGUUCAAUGAAUAGGCAUAGAACCUUGUCCAAGACUAGGUUGAAUCCAGUUCUAGCUAUACCUCCAUCCCCGAUUCUCUUACACACGGAUGAAAGUGGGAAUUAUCCUGAAUCUAGCAAGGGUUCCAGUUCAAUUCUAGCUUCAACACACAAUGAUUCUGGUAAUUCUCUGCUCGGUCUUGCAAAUACUGUUGGUAUAAUUGGAGGGAUGUCUGUUGAUUCCACCCUCAAAUUUUUAAGAAAAGUUGUUCAGAGGAGUUCAAAACAAGAAAGUUCAGUUCCUUUUGUGCUUUGCUCUGACCCUGUGUUGAAUAAGGAGCUUUCAUUGCACGAGAGAAGUUUUCUGCCUUCCCUUAGCAGUAAAAGUGAAAUCACUCCAAUGGAUCCCACUCCAAUUGUGGAGAAUCUGAGGAGUAAAAGGACUUAUCUUGAAAAUUCAGGAGCUCGUUGCUUAGUAAUGCCUUGUCAUGUAUCACAUUCUUGGCAUGAAGAAAUUUCUAAAGGGUGUUCUGUUCCUUUCUUCCAUAUGGGAGAGUGUGUUGCUAAGCAGCUCAAGGAAGCGAAGUUGAGACCACUUGAAGCUGGAAGUCCUCUGCGGAUUGGAGUUCUUGCAACCAUUGCAACUUUAACUGCUGGAUUCUAUCAGGAGAAACUGCAGAAUGAGGGAUUUGAGGUUGUGCUUCCAGAUAAAGCAACCAUGGAACAUACUGUAAUUCCUGCAAUUGAGGCUAUAAACAGAAAGGACAUAGAAGGGGCGCGGAAUCUGUUAAGAAUCGCACUUCAGGUUCUUUUGGUGAGGGCUGUGAACUCUGUGAUUCUUGCCUCUGAUGAGAUGCGGGAUCUUUUGCCUCAGGAAGAUCCUCUUCUUAAGAAAUGUAUCGACCCUAUGGAUGCAUUGGCUUGGUCAACUAUUAAGUGGGCUCAAUCUGUGGGAAAAGGCACAUAAACAUAUAGUUCAUCUUGCACAUUAAUUAAAAAUUCAUUGAAAAACUGUUUAUUUGUGUAAAAAAUUUAUUACAUUGAAAGAUUAGUGAGGGGAUGCAUUGAGGAUUCCCCUGUAUUCUUCUGUUGUGUUUGCAUCAAAUGAGAAUUGUUGUAAGAAAACAACUCUAUUGAGGAUCACCAAUGGAAGAAGUAGAAGAAUUAAGCGCUUGAGCAUCAAGGCAUUGCUUCA